ACCCCUUACCUCGAGUAAUCCAUGGCCGUCCUCUAUCUGGGCGGUUUGGAUGCGUUUACCAUAAGUGUCAGUAUAUGAGUGCAGUAGAAUUUCUGUGUCGGCUGAUUUGACCACAGAGAUGCGAGUGUCGGCUGGCUGACCGCAGUUGGUCCACACAGCUAGUGGCUGCACUCACUCACUCAACUCAGCUUUGAGAGGUGAGCCGGUGCCUGUCAGCCUCCUCUGCAGCCGUCACAGUAUCCGAGGAAGCAGUGUCAGACAGGGAGUGGAUUCGUUUUGUUGUAAAUGUGUAACACGGGAGAAGAGAGGUGCUGAAAAAAGGAGGUGGGAGAGAAGUGAAUGGACAAUGCAGUGCGACCGGAGGAUGAUGAUGAGUGUGUCCGCACAGCUCUGUUUGCUGGCGUGUUUCACUCUGACCGGACACUUGUUUUUGGCUCUGGGGUCAAAUCAAGACGUGGAGUUGACCUUUCUGUUACCCGCCGGCAGCAUCGAGUGUUUCUACCAAACCACCGCGAGUAACGACACCAUGGAGGUUGAAUAUCAGGUGAUAGCCGGGUCCGGUCUGGACGUUGGUUUUGCCCUCUUCUCACCCAGCGGACACCAGCUGGUCUCUGACUUCAGGCAAUCUGAAGGCAUCCACACGACGACUCCCACAGAGAAUGGAGAUUACCGUCUGUGUUUCGACAACAGCUUCAGUAAAAUGUCGGUGAAGAUUGUGUUCUUCGGGGUGAGCGUCAGCCACAGCGGAGGAAGUGGAGGCCGAGUGGAGUGGGUGGACAUGGCCACGACUGACAGCCUGGUGGAGUACAAACUGGAGGACAUCAGGGCGACGAUGGACUCCGUGUACCAGCGACUGGAGAGGACCCGACAGGUCCAGGCCUCGCUGCGGGCCUUCGAGGCGAGGGACCGCUUCCUGCUGGAGGACAACCUGUGGCGGGUGUCCUUCUGGUCCGUCCUCAACCUGCUCGUCAUGCUCACCGUUGCCGCCACUCAAAUCUACACCCUGCAGCGUCUCUUUGACAGCAACAAGCGGACGUGCACCUAGUCUCAGCAGAACUGAUCCACUGACCUCCAGCUGACAGCUCACUGCUCUCACACCGGAGAGCUGGACGUUCAAUUGACAUGUGAGCUGAACUUAAAGGGAUAAAGUGAUUCAUCAUGCACUGAGGAGCUUCUUAAGAUAGUGCUGCUUAUGUCUUGAAAGUUUGGUCCAGUCGUACUGGAGUACGCAAACAACCGAAGACUGUGCAGAAAGAUGGACGACACAGCUCCACUUCCUCCCAACACCCAGAAAUGAAUCCAAUAUAACCCGCGAAUGAAAGCUGCCAUCUACUGCGGACGAUGAGCAAGUGUUUCACCCCAUUUUAAUAGCAACAAAUAAACCUUAAAUUUAGUCAGAAACCCCCUUAUUGCAUGUGCUUUUGGCCUCUUUUUUUGCCCCUUACCCAUCCAGACUCAUGGAGGCAGAGUUUAUGACCUAUAAACAGUCACAAAGGUGCUAUCAACAAUACACUAAGAUACUUGAAGCACUGAUAUUUGUUGAUAAUGUAAUUGGUGAAGCUUUUAACCCAAACCUUUUGUCACUGAAUGUUGUUUUUAUUGAAUAUCAGAUCUUACAAUUUACAACAUUACUAGAACCUAUAUGACAAAGCAAAUAAACACCAGCUCCUGACCGACAUCUUUUUUUCUUUGUACAAAGCCUUAAGCUGUUUAAAAAGACAAAAAUAAACAAUGUCCCUGAUCCAUUUCUCCACUUGGAUGUUAAACCAGACAAGUUCAUUUUUUCAUUUCCUUGCCAUUAUUUGGAUGCACUGUCAUUUAUCUCAAGUUGUUUGCAGUAAAAAAAAAAAGAAUCUCAGUCGACAAGACCUAUUUUGUAUUCAGAUCGGAAAUUUCGUUUCCUCUCUCGUGAUGAUGGGAAUCAGUGGGCCUGCUCGGGCCUGAGCCAUCGUUAACCUGCUCUGUCAUACAUCAUAAUCAGUGGCUAUACUUCACAAAGCAGAUGUUACAAUAACAAACAUGUUGAACUGCUCAUGACUUGGCACUUUAUCUGGUCAUCUAUCCCUAAAAGUAAAAAUCAUUCUGUA